AUGAUUUUCAUUUUUCACCAAUUAAUCCUCAUAUAUCCAAUUAUUUCACUUUUGGCCCUGUCCUCCCCAACUUCAACAGCAGCAUGCGGUCAGAAUUGCGGAGGAAUUCGAGUACCCUACCCGUUCGGCUUCACCGACGAGUGCGCAAUCAAGCUGGACUGCAGCGCCGCCGGUGACGUUAGGAUCGCCGAUUUCCGCGUCCGCAACUUGACGGCCGAUCGGAUUCUGGUAGACAUGCCGGCGGACUGCGGGCGCCCAAUCGGGGAUCUGCGGCGGCUCUUCGGAGGGAACUUCUCGCCGACGUGGCGAAACGGCCUUCUGCUCGGGAACUGCACCGCCCCGAGCAACGAUUGCCCGGUGGGGCUGGUGGGCCCCAGAAUCGUCCGGCGGGACUGCGAUUGGGGACCCGGCAACGCGAACAUGAGCUGCUACUGGGGCGGGAUUAGUGAGAACGCCAGCGAUUUUCUGGAUUUGGGGAGAAUUGGGGGUGGUUGCGGGGUGCUCUUCUCUUCGGUUGCGGUGGAUUUGGGCGGGAGCGCUAGUGGCGCUGGGGACAUAUCGUCCAUCGCGCUGGAUUUUUGGAGGGUGGAGCUCGGUUGGUGGGUGAACGGGAGCUGCGACGGUUGCCAUCGCAACGCCAAUUGUACGACGGUGAGGGGCCCAGGGGAAGUCGGGUUCAGGUGUGAGUGCAACGAGGGGUUCGCCGGAGAUGGUUUCGCCGCCGGGGAAGGUUGCCGGAGAGUGUCCCACUGCAGUGCAUCAAGGUACAUAUCCGGUCGAUGUGAGAAUAAAGUAGGCAUCCUAAUCCUUGUUGGAGGCAUCAUUGCCGGAGCAUCCCUUUUGGCCGCACUCGCCGCCACAUUCUACUGCCUAAACCGCCGCCGCCAGCGGCGGCUCUCGAAUCUAAAAACCCGGGUGAGCGCCAAACACCUCCUCGCCGAGGCCUCCCCGACCAUCCCUUUCUACCCUUACAAAGAAAUCGAGCGAGCCUCCAACAACUUCUCCGAGAACCAACGCCUCGGCACCGGAGCUUACGGCACCGUCUAUGCCGGCAAGCUCCACAACGGCGAGUGGGUCGCCAUUAAAAAAAUCCGCCAUCGAGACCAAAACACAAUCCAACAAGUAAUGAACGAGAUUCGCCUCCUCUCUUCAAUCAGCCACCCGAACCUCGUCCGUCUCCUCGGCUGCUGCAUCGACCACGGUGAACACAUUCUCGUUUACGAGUACAUGCCCAACGGGACCCUCGCCCAGCACCUCCAGCGCGAACGAGGCUCGAUCCUUCCGUGGACCGUUCGCCUCACUAUAGCCUCGGAGACGGCCCGCGCCAUCGCCCACCUCCACUCCGCCCCGAUUUUCCACCGAGACAUCAAAUCGAGCAACAUUUUGCUCGACUACAAUUUCAACUCGAAAGUGGCGGAUUUCGGGCUUUCGAGGUUCGGGCUUGAAGAAAAUGACUCGCAUAUCUCGACUGCUCCGCAAGGGACGCCGGGGUAUGUUGACCCACAGUACCACCAGAACUUCCACCUAUCGGAUAAGAGUGACGUGUACAGUUUCGGUGUUGUGUUGGUGGAGAUUAUCACGGCCAUGAGGGUGGUUGACUUUUCGCGGCCGCACAGCGAGGUCAACCUUGCUGCGCUGGCGGCGGAUAGGAUAGGAAAUGGAAGGGUGGAUGAGAUUGUGGACAGGUAUUUGGAGCCGAAUCGGGACGCGUGGACGCUCUCGUCUAUUCACCGUGUGGCUGAGCUAGCGUUCAGGUGCCUUGCGUUUCAACGUGAGGGGAGGCCGUCGAUGGCUGAGGUGGCGGAUGAGUUGGAGCAUAUAAGGAGGAGUGGUUGGGCAGUGAUGGAGGAUGGGGUCAUGGGGUCAUCUUCUUCGGAGGUGUCGUCGUGUGGGAGUGAUAAGUCGUCAUUAAGUGGCCGGAGGAUAGGGAUUGGGAGCAAAAGGGUAAUGGUUUCGAGGAUAAGUGUUGGGGCCACGGUGAAGGAGGAGGAGGAGGAGGAGGACUGCUCGCCGGUGUCCGUGCAGGAAGUUUGGUUUAGUGAACAGAGCUCCCCAUCUACAAAUAGUUUACUCAGUAACGUGGUUAAAUGA